AUGUGUAUCCUGGCUAGCCGGCCGCCGGCCACUGUGCGCUGGCUGCGGGACGGCCGCGUGCUGGAGGCGGCGGAGACGCGGCCCGACGCUGAGGGCGGGCCCUGGUCGGUGCGCAGCGUGCUGGUCGUGGCGGCGCUCUCCAGGGCCGACCUGCACGCGACGCUCACCUGCCGCGCCAGCAACUCGCCGCUAGCGCCGCCCGUCGAGGCCACCGUGCGCCUGGACCUAUACCUGAGACCGCUGUGGGCCAGCAUCAUGGGCGAGCGCAUUCCCCUGUCGGCGGGCCGCCCGCACGACAUCCAGUGCCGCAGUGCGGGAUCGCGGCCGCCAGCCAACAUCACGUGGUGGAUCGACAACGCCGGCAUCGAUGCCCUCACGCACAAGGUGUCUCCGGACUUGAACGAGACAGUGUCGACGCUGCGCCUGACGGCGGGCGCCAGUGACCACGACCGAGUGGUGACGUGCCGCGCAGAGAACAGCCACGUCCGGGGCGGCGUCGAGGAGGACUCGUGGCGACUCGACGUCUACUUCAUGCCAAUGGUGCAGCUCCAUCUGGGACCGAACCUGGCAGCUGAGAACAUCAAGGAAGGCAGCGACGUCUACUUUGAAUGCAAGAUGAAGGCUAAUCCAGCAGCCUACAAGGUUGUUUGGACUAAUAAUGGCGAGGUGAUACUGCACAACAAGUCGGCUGGCGUGAUUGUCAGCAGCAGCCACCUGGCGCUGCAGUCGGUGACGCGCCGGCAGGCCGGCAGCUACUCCUGCAUCGCGUCCAACGUCGAGGGUGACGGCCGCAGCAACGUCGUCAACCUCGCCGUCAAGUAUAAGCCGGUGUGUCACGAGGGCGAGCAGCGGCCGGUGACGAUAGCGGUGGGUCUGGGCGAACGCGCCACCGUCAACUGCAGCGUGGACGCGCUGCCGGCGGCCGACUCGUUCCGCUGGUCGCUAGGCAACAGCUCGUACCUGCCCGGGCUCGACCCCGCGAUCGCAGCGCCGCCGCCGCCCGACUCCGGCGCCGGGCAGUCGCUGCAACUCAUCCCCCUGUCGCAGAGCGACUACGGCACCCUGUUGUGCUGGGCCUCGAACGCUGUCGGCAUCCAGGUCGCACCUUGUGUCUUCCAUAUUGUGCCAGCAGGUAAGCCGGACCCGCCGAGCAACUGCACGCUGGUGAACCAGACGUCGACGUCGCUGCAGCUGGAGUGCCUGGAGGGCUUCGACGGCGGCCGGCCGCAGCGGUUCGAGCUGCUGGUGGAGGAGGUGUCGACCGGCCGGCUGCUGUCCAACGUCACCUCCCGCUGGCCCUCCUUCGGCGUGGCGGGCCUGCGGGCGGGCCAGGCGCUGCGCCUCACCGUCACCGCCUUCAACAGCCGCGGCCGCUCCAUGCCCGUCGCGCUGGACGCCUACACGCUCAAGGCUGCGGAGCUCCGAACAGGCGUGCCGGUGCCGUUCGAGCUGACGCCGAUCCUGAGCGUGCUGCUGAGCGUGGCGACGGUGCUGCUGCUGGCGGUGGCGGGCAUCGUGGGCUCGCAGCGCGUCCGCUCCAGCAAGCAGCGGCAGCAGGACGCGGCCGCCGCCGCCGCCGCCCGCCAGGCGCUCGACGCCGCCCAGGGCGCGAUCAAGGCCGGCCCCGACGUCGAGGACCCCAACCCCGACCUCAUCCCGCCCACCAGAGGUAAACUACAAGUCCGUCGUACUGUACUGCACAGCUUCGGUAAAAGUCAUUCCCUACACUGA